GAGCGCCAAUGGGAAGAGAGCGAGUGCCACGAACGGACCAAUGAGGAGAGAGCGGCCCGGGGUUUAAACCCAGGCCCCGCAGACUUCUCUGGGCGUGCUGCAGAGGAACGGCUGUUGGUGUCUAGCGGGGGCCAGCCAGAGGCAGGGGUGUUUGUUUCUGGUCGGCCGAGCCUCUGCUUCGGAAGGAGCCAUGGCGCUCAGGGUGACUAGGAACUCAAAAGUUAACACAGAAAAUAAGGCCAAGGUCAGCAUGGCAGGCGCCAAGCGUGUGCCUGUGGCAUUUGCUGCAUCCUCCAAGCCCGGGCUGAGAUCAAGGACCGCUCUUGGAGACAUUGGUAACAAAGUCAGCGAACAGGUACAGGCAAGGAUGCCUCUGAAAAAGGAAGCAAAAACUUCAGUUACUGGAAAAGCGGCUGCUAAAGUCCCACCGAAACCCGUGGAGAAGGUCCCUGUGUGUGAGCCAGAGGUGGAACUUGCUGAGGCCGACCCUGACCCUGACCCUGAACCUAUUAUGGAAGAAAAGCUUUCUCCUGAGCCUAUUUUGGUUGAUAAUCCCUCUCCAAGCCCAAUGGAAACAUCUGGAUGUGCACCUGCAGAAGAAUAUCUGUGUCAGGCUUUCUCUGAUGUAAUCCUCGCAGUGAGUGAUGUGGAUGCAGAUGAUGGAGCUGAUCCAAACCUCUGUAGUGAAUAUGUGAAAGAUAUAUAUGCUUACCUCAGACAGCUGGAGGAAGAACAGUCUGUUAGAGCAAAAUACUUAAUGGGUCGUGAAGUCACUGGAAACAUGAGAGCCAUCCUAAUCGACUGGCUGGUGCAGGUUCAGAUGAAGUUUAGGCUGCUGCAGGAGACCAUGUACAUGACUGUUUCCAUUAUUGACCGGUUUAUGCAGAACAAUUGUGUGUCCAAGAAGAUGCUGCAGCUGGUUGGUGUAACUGCCAUGUUUAUUGCAAGCAAGUAUGAAGAGAUGUACCCUCCAGAGAUUGGGGACUUUGCUUUUGUGACUAACAACACCUAUACUAAGCACCAGAUCCGACAGAUGGAAAUGAAGAUUCUAAGAGCUCUAAACUUCAGUCUGGGUCGCCCUCUGCCCCUGCACUUCCUCCGUAGAGCAUCUAAGAUUGGAGAGGUUGACGUUGAGCAGCAUACUUUGGCCAAAUACCUCAUGGAGCUCACUAUGCUGGACUAUGACAUGGUGCACUUUGCUCCUUCUCAAAUCGCAGCUGGGGCUUUUUGCUUAGCCCUGAAAAUUCUUGACAAUGGUGAAUGGACACCAACACUGCAGCACUACCUAUCCUACACUGAAGACUCUCUCCUUCCUGUUAUGCAGCACCUGGCUAAGAACGUAGUCAUGGUGAACCGAGGCCUUACAAAGCACAUGACUAUCAAGAACAAAUAUGCAACAUCUAAGCAUGCUAAGAUCAGCACUCUGGCACAGCUGAAUUGUACACUAGUUCAGAAUUUGUCCAAGGCUGUGGCAAAGGCAUCGUAACUCAAAUGGACUCCUCCAUCUGCAAACGCAGUUGGCACCAUGUGCCCACCUGUACAUAGUAUAAACUGUUCACUUGCUCUUCAAUAAAGGUUGUGACUUUUUACUUUUCAUAGCUUAACUCAUUUGAAUGUGGUUACUUCUGACUUUGUACAACACAAGUUGGAUAAAUAUAUAGGACUUUUAAAACAUUU